AUGACGGUUUCUGAUCGGCGUAUACAUUUUGUGAUGGAGCCUCACCCCGAACAAAUUACUUAUAGGUACAGAUUAGAAGUUUCUCAAGAACCUGUACGUGCAAGGAUGUGUGGUUUUGGGGACAAAGAUCGUCGCCCAAUAGAUCCACCACCUGUGGUUAGGCUUAUUGUGACCUCCACAGACGGAACACCUGUAUCUGAGAGUUCUAUCGACCAUUCCAUGAUGAUCGUUCAUGCCGGUCUAUGGUCCGAAGAUUGCGCAGAAGAACGUAGUUUAGUAAUCAAUCCUUCAACUAUACCUACACAAUCUGCUGGGCCUAGUUCAACCGUCAUGUCUUUGAACACGCCUUCGAGUACACGAAACCUUAUGGGUCAUUGCACUUCGUCAGCAUAUGUGCUUAAUAAUCAUUCUGGUCAACAAGGAAUUUAUUUUAUAUUUCAGGACCUCUCUGUUAGAACUGAAGGCACUUUUACCCUAAAAUUCUCAUUUUGUAACGUUAAAGAAUUAAUGGUUCAUAGAUCUCCCAAUGGAUUCACAAGUACUCGUGGAAAUGUUGCAGCUGAAGUGUACAGCGCACCUUUUAAAGUUUAUUCUGCAAAGAAAUUCCCGGGUAUGACAGAAUCUACCGCGCUUUCUAAAGCUUUCGCCAAGCAAGGAAUUAAAAUUCCAAUUCGUAAAGAAACACGUUAUAGAAAAAACCCUAAUGAUGAUUCACAUCAACCCAGUGAAGAAGUUCCUGAAACCACCUCUUCCUUAGAAACACCUGAGACCGCCAGUAAUAAUCCCAAAACCAUCGAAUCUUCCAAUGAUAACAAUGACCCUAAAACCGCCGAAUCCUCCAAUGAUAACAAUGAUAACGAAGAACCACAUGAUCGUUCGGAUCUAUCGGACGACGUUAUCGACGCGUUCUCUAGCACAUCAUCACAGGAAGAAGAAAAUGAAGACAUGCCUGCUUCAAAGCGGUUACGUAAAACAGAAUAA